AUGGAUAUGAGCAAUAUGGAUCACUCUGGAAGCUCGGACAUGUCCUCAUCAUCUUCUUCCUCUAUGUCCAUGUCUAUGGCUAUGGUUUUCGUGAACGCGCAAAACACGCCUCUCUUCUCAAACCAAUGGACCCCCUCGUCUACCGGCUCCUAUGCCGGCACCUGCAUUUUCCUUAUCAUCUUAUCAAUCAUCGGUCGACUUCUAUUGGCCUUCAAAGCUGUCAUGGAGGAGCGUUGGAUCAAUGCCCAUCUCAACCGUCGCUAUGUGGCUGUCGCAGGCAAAACACCUGAAGCUGGCCGGAUCGAUGCCGAUCCAGAUGCAAAGAUCGCCUCUCUCGUAACAGCGCAAGGCGUGGAGGAAUCAGUCAAGGUAGUUCGACGACCGUCGCGGGAGCCUCUGCCGUGGAGAUUCAGUGUGGAUCUGCCGCGUGCAUUCAUCUUCCUUGCAUUUACGGGUGUAUCAUACCUUCUCAUGUUGGCUGUUAUGACCAUGAACAUUGGAUAUUUCUGCUCCGUGCUUGGUGGUGCUUUCCUGGGCGAGCUCGCAGUGGGCCGGUAUAUCCAGUGGAAUGAGCAUGGGCAUUGA